AUGCCGAGGGCUCUGCGGGAUGUCGGAGCUACCCUCACCUGCCUCCAGCUCCUGCUGCUCCUCACCAGCGUGGAACUCCGGCCCCACACGCGGGACGAGGACAGACUGCAGCUGGAAGCCAUCAAAAAGGGGAUCUUGGAGCGGCUGGGGAUGAGCAGCCCCCCCGUGGUCCGGCACCGGCUGGACCAGGAGAGCAUCCAGAGAGCGCAACGGCUGCACCGGCAAAGAGUGGCCGAGCUGAUGGGGAACCGGAGCCAGGAGGAGGUGGGAGCUGGGACCGGGACCCGACGCUUGCAUCGCUUGACUGCCACACUGCUGCACUCGUCACACAUCCACCAAGGACAUCAGGACACCCAGGGAAACCAGGACCUCCGUGGUCCCCACCGUUACCGUCUCCUCCUGUCCCGCACAGACACUCUCCACCGGCAGCUCCAGGUGGUGCAGGCGGAGCUGAAGCUCUUCAAGCAGUCACUCGCAUCCUCCGGCAUGUCCCCACUCAACGCCUCGGUGCCCCUCCGGGUCAGCAUCUACAUGCUGGAGGGGGCUGAUGAGACCCCCAAGCUCCUGCAAAGCCAAGAGCUGGACCAGGAUGCCCAGAGCCUGGACCUGACGCUGGCCAUCCAGCCCUGGGCUGCUGGUCCUGAGGACACUCUGCACCUGGAGCUGACCUUCACAGCAGACGUCUCAGCCUUGCUGGCCACCGCGGGGGGUGACCUGCUGGUGCUGGAGGUGGUAACCCACAAGACCACGAGCCGGGGAGCCAGGAGACCCCGGGGGCUAGAGGAGGAGUGUGGGAAGAGUGAUGGGAAGUGUUGCCUCAAGUCGCUGAAGGUCUCCUUCCAGGACAUUGGCUGGUCAGACUGGGUGAUCGCUCCCAGCAGCUACUACAUGAGGUUCUGCGAGGGUUCCUGCCCCCACAACUACAAGCCGGCCAGCAUGCACGCCCAGAUCAAAGCCCGCAUGCACUCCCUCUCCAAAGCCACUCCUCCGCCCUGCUGCGUCCCUGCCGGCUACGACCCCAUGGUGCUGAUGCACUACGACGCCGAGGGCAGGCUGGUCUCCACCCUCUUCGAUGACAUGCUGGUCACCAAAUGCCACUGUGCUUGAUGGCAUCACACCCAGGUUGGUCCUGGACACAUCAUCACCCAGACAGGACAGAGCCUGCCCAUCUCCCAGCAUCUCCAGCAUCCCCAAAAACAGACUCCGCGGCAUGAAAUGCCUCCACCUUUUGGCUCAUUCCCACGGGCUCCACCUGGGAGCUCUCCUCCACUUGUUCCUCAUCCUCCUCCUUUAUUUAAGCCCAGACCUCAUUUGGGUGGUGGAUCCUUCCUACCGGAGAGAGCCCCAAAAGGAUGGGAUGUGUCUGUCCCUAGGUGGCUGCACUCAGCCUUCUCCCUCUCCUCU